AUGCUUAUCCUUGCCUUCCUGCCGGUGGUGAUCGCUUUAUAUAAACAUAAACAAGAAUAUUGCUCCGUGUACGCGGUGGCUACCGACUGUCGCCCGCCGCCAGAUGGCUUCUUGCAUAUUCCAGCAGGAGAUCUUGCUUCCGACGAGGCCAAGACUGAAAUCCUCGAAGAUGCCUUCUCUGCGCUCGCCGUGCUGCAGAACGAAUACUACCAAAUCGGACGGAACACAUGGCCGUCGUCGAUAGACUGGACCGCCGCAGUCACCGAGACUGUCGUUUCCGGCAUGCUGUCAACCCUGACCAAGUCGCUGGACAUGAUCGUCCCGGGAAUUACGCCUAGCAUUCGAGAAGCGCAAGAAAACCUCAUCUCGUCAGUGUACGACCAAGUCAUUGGCUAUCAUUUUGCGCAGGAUAUAGUUGCGAUCCGAGAUCAGGCCUUUGAUGACAUAUUAUGGGUGGUACUUGGUUGGAUUGAGGCCAUCAACUUUGCUCGAUCGCAUGACAGCAUACGCUUUCCGCAAGCCGAGCAUAGCCCCAACGCUAGUUUCCCUACUGACAUCCAUGCCGCUCUGGCCUCGCUGCCAUGGCGCGGCCAGUUCUGGAUCCCUUCGUUCCAGAGCCGGGCUAAAAGCUUCUGGUUUCUUGGGUCUCAGGGUUGGGACACGGCUUUGUGCCAUGGCGGCAUGGUCUGGAAUCCCCGUCUAGAGCCUUACAAGAACGCCAUCACAAAUGAGCUAUACAUUUCUGCUUCUAUUUCCAUGUAUCAGUACAUCAGUAAUGGAAGUGUCGUUGAAAAGGACCCGCGACAUCUCCAAGCAGCGAUCGAAGGCUACAAAUGGCUUGUAAACAGCAACAUGACCAACAGUGAAGGUUUGUAUGCUGAUGGAUUUCACAUUGGCCGACGAAAGAAGGGGGGUGUGGAGUGCAAUAUUCGUGAUGAAAUGGUGUACACCUACAAUCAGGGCGUACUGCUGACUGGCCAACGAGGGCUAUGGGAUGUGACAGGGAGCCCUUCGUACCUGGAAGACGGCCAUGAUCUCAUCCAAGCAGUCAUCAACGCCACCGGUUGGAGCUUGAAGAGAAACCAGCCAAUAGACUUGGUGGAUGCGUCUGCAAAGCUGCCCAAAUGGAGAGGUCUUGGUCGGGGUGGUAUUCUAGAGGAGCAGUGUGAUGCAAGCGGCACUUGUUCUCAGGACAGCCAGACAUUCAAGGGCAUAUACUUUCACCAUCUGAAUGCGUUUUGUCGGCCCCUGGAACAGAAUAAUCUCGAGGACGGUGAUUAUAUCGACAUGGAUGGCUUCACUCGUGUCCAGGCAGCCCACAAAUCUGCCUGCCGGGCGUAUCUUGGCUGGAUCAAGCACAACGCUCUGGCAGCACUCAAGACUCGAGACAGCCGAGGACGCUUCGGCAUGUGGUGGGGUUCAGGAAUUUUCGGUAACAUUGACACAUCUCCGGCAAGCGACGGAAUCGACCACAAUGCUGUGAAUAUCACCGACUAUCGUAACAAGGGAACCCCAAGAGACGAUACCUGGGGUCGGCGUUCAAGAUGGCUGCCGGGGUCUCGGAAGGGGGGGUUGGAGAAGCAGGCACCCAUGGCGAAACGAAAACCGCAUCCAAGUGACCCUAAUAAUCGUGGUCGUGGGAGAACGGUGGAAACCCAGGUGGGAGGCGUUGCCGUGCUUCGCGCCUAUUGGGACAUUUCGCAGUCGCUCUCGUCAUGA